AUCGUCUUCAUCAGGAGCGACACCAAUGGCGUCCCAAAAUAACGGCCUGGUUUUUCAGGACUACUUUCCGACCAUGGUGGAGAAGCUGGGGACGGAGGGGUUCAUGAAGGAACUGAGAAAUGGAUUUAAGCUGCUGAUGGACAGAGAGAAGGAGGUGAUAACGUUCGAGAGCUUGAAGAAGAACUCUGCCUCGCUGGGUUUGCAGGGGAUGAGCGAUGACGAGCUAAUGUGCAUGCUCAGGGAAGGUGAUUUGGACGGCGAUGGAGCUCUCGAUGAGAUGGAAUUUUGCACCCUUAUGUUUAGGUUGAGCCCUGAUUUAAUGAACAGUUCUAAGUCUCUCUUGGAGGAAGCCAUUUUUACUCAAGGUUGAGCUUCCUCUGUUCUUUUUGGUUUUACUUCCUUCUCAUCAUCAUCAUCUUCAUCCUCACUGUCGCUUUUCCUCUGUUUUUUUUUUUUCCCUUUUUUGUUCUUUCCUUCUCAUGUGAUCUGUAAUGGCAGAUUUCUAGUCAGAUUUUUUU